ACCACCACCCAAAACACAGGGCAAAGCAUCAUUUGCUUUCAAAUACAAACCUAAGAGGAUACUACUCUCAGAUUGGAUCACCAUCCAUGGCACAACUGUCCAAUGGAACUUCAAGUACCACUUUGAUCUCAAAGAGUGGCACUACUUCAAUCCCACAUCGAGCAAGUUUGCCCAACCCAUUUGAUCUUACCGAUGAUCAGAUCCUUGACAUUGUUUAUCUGGCUCACCUCAAUGAUGAUGAAACUUGCGACACCGAUAAACUUUACAACCUUGUCUCCAACAUUGUCCUGCGGAGUCAAUCCCCGAUUUCCGCAGCCAGUUUCAAACCAGAUUUCCUUACACUGAAGCUGAUUUCUUGCCAGAUGAUAUCCACACGUAGUGCUGCGCAUUGCGUGCACCAAACAACAAUGUGGAUUCUUCAACACCUGAAAUGCUACUCCUGGGAUGCGAAGGCACUGAUAGCCAUAGCUGCUUUGUCUUUGGAGUACGGAAGUUUCGUUCACCUUACUCAGUUUCAAACAAACGACGUGCUCGGAAACUCGUUGAGGCAGCUGAAUCAAGUUCAGAACAGGAAUGCCUCUGCUGUUGGCGAACUUGUCAUGUACGUAGUACAAGUGUUUCAACACAUUAACGAGUGGGCCACGUAUGCUGCUGAUGGCUAUGAUCCAGAGGACGUGCCUGACUUGACAGAAGCCUUUCAAGCCAUCCUUGUUGUUGUAUACUGGUCAAUUGCUUCCACUGUUGCUUCCACCGGCAAUCUCAUCGGUGUAUCGAACUAUAAAUUAUCAGAAUAUACAUUCAGGCUUUCCACUGCUGUUAACAAGUUGACAAUGCAUCUUACGAAAGUCAAAGAGCAAAUAGCCAAUGUACGAGAUUACAUUACCAUCAGGAACAUCUUUGACAGGCCGAAAGAUAUUGUGGACCUUUUGAAGGCUCUGAUCUACCCCCAACAAAAGGGAGCUGAGAAUCCCAAGAUAUUUGAAGGGACCAACCUAGUAACAAAGGGCAUUGAAGUGUUCAGGCAGAAACAUGUGUUGCUCUUCAUCUCGGGUCUCGACAGCAUUGAAGAUGAGAUUUCGCUAUUGAAUUCAAUAUAUGAAAGAUUGCAAGAGGAUCCAAGAGAAGCAAAAGGUUUCAAGAAAGAAGAUUUCAAGAUUUUAUGGAUCCCCAUUGUGGUGAAGUGGAGCCAAAGCAGUAGGGAACAAUUCAAAGCUUUGAAGAGUGGCACCAAAUUUUACGCAGUGGAAUACUUCUUUGAGUUACCAGGGCUCAAGAUAAUAAAAGACACAGAAAGAUUGAAUUAUGAGAUUCAGCCUAUUGCCCCGUUGUUCAGCUCUAAAGGUACCCUAUUGAAUGGAAAUGCCCUGGAAGUGAUCUUUGAAUGGGGCAUAGAGGCCUUCCCUUUCAGGAAAAUUGAUGGUGAUGAACUUACUCAGAAAUGGAAGUGGCUUUGGGAUUUAAUCCUAAAAGCAACACCAGGAUUGCAGGUAAAGGAGAACAGAUACAUUUUUAUCUAUGGAGGUGCCAACAAUACGUGGGUGCAGAACUUCACACAAGAGUUGUCAAAGAUAAAAAUGAACCAGAGUAUCCAGCGUGCAGAUAUCAUAAUAGAGAACUAUCAACUGGGGAAGGGGAAGGGUGAACUCAACAACAGUGUUCCAAGUUUCUGGAUUGGCGUGGAAAGGAAGAAGCAGAACAAGAAGCACCAAGAGGCAGUGGACUGCGAGAUUCAGAAGAUUGUAAAGUGCUUAUUCUGCCUCAAAAGGGACCCACAAGGGUGGGCCAUUCUCAGCAAAGGACACAACAUUAAGCAUCUUUGUCAUGGCCAGGCUGUUUAUCAGACUGUGGCAGAGUUUCAAAACUGGAAAGAGAAAGUGUUCGAGAGAGAAGGGUUUGACAUUGCCUUCAAAGAGUACUAUGAUGCCAAGGAGAAAGAGAUAUCUGAUACUCAACCAUGUGAGGACUACACUUCAGCUUCAAGUGUCAUUGCUACCAUAGCAUGCCCAAAUCCCACGUGUGGUCGUGUCAUGGAGGUGUCUUCUGUUAACUACAAGUGCUGCCAUCGUGAUGAUGCUUUGAACUGUUGAGUUUGAGUGUCUCAUAUAUUCAAGUGGAAGGAAGGAGGAGUAUCUGCCACAAUUUGCUUUUGGUUUGGUUUGUUUACUAUGCAUCGUGUGAUGUGAUAGAUUAACCACCUGGUUUGCCCCUUCAAUGGGUAGACAUAGCUAGAAUAAGAGUUUCUCUUUGGUUGAAUUUCUUGAUAUAAUAAAGUUAUAAAUUAUGCAUCCGCAGAAGUUGAACAACUCUACUUCUAUUUA